AUGAGCCUUUCUGCAGACUUCCUCUCCCCGAGCGAUUCGGAUAAUGAGACCGAUAUGAAAUACCUUAAGCCUAUUUUAGUGCGAAAGCGUUCAAAACAAUCGUUAUCAUGCCGGAUGAUGAGGAGCAAUGGGCGCAGGCCUGUAUUGAGGAGCAGGAAACUCCCAGAAGCAUCCGCAGGUUCGAGAAGUGAUACCGAGCUCUCGAUCUCGACAAGUUGGCCUCACGCUGACAGCCUUCUAACGUCAGAACCAGAAUUUGUAAAGGCUAAUACGGAGCCCUGCCCUAAACGUACACACAUAAUGACAGAAACACUCUUAGAGAGCAGUCUAUGCAAUGAUAAUUCGUCUAUUACGUAUUCUCCUUCGCAUUCACAAUCUUCGUCCCCGAAGCCUGUCAAAGUCAAGGUACGCGACCCUGACUCUAUCAGUGAGAUGACAUAUGAAUAUGGAGCUCCAAUUAAAGGAUAUCGAUUCGUGGGAAAUGAAAGAGAUCUCAAAAACUACCUUGAAGCAAAGAAGCUCAAGUUGCCUUCAGUAGAGGCGGAGAAUACCGAGUUGAAAAUAGACCCACUUAUUUUCGACAAGUAUGAACGAAAGUCGCACACUAAAGCAUUCGACGAUGUGUCGCUUUAUUUGAAGCGUGAACCAGGUACCACAAGAGUGCCUAUUCCAAAUGCGCCUCUCAUUGGAGAGGUAACGGUCGAAGCUAUCAAGUCGGUGGAUAUUAGGUCAUUCCUUGAAAAGUGCGCAUCGCACUUGAAUACAUCAGUUCGGGAGCUGUUGAAACAAGAACGGGUUGCUUGGCAUCCUGAUAAAGCUUUGAGAGGAAGCACAAGAGUAGCCACAGAAGACUUGUCUAUAGUUACCAAAGUCUUCCAGACAGUAAAUAGCUUAUGGGAAGAAACGCGAAAGGCUUGA